GAUGGCUUUCAGCUCAAUACUUAGUGUAUUUAUGCUCACAAACGGUGAUGCCGUUGCAUUAUACUGCAGACUGUCGAAUAAACUCAGUGCAGAUAGUUGUUUGAACCGGAUGUCGCAUAGGUCCAUCAUAGGCUCGCUCCCUCGUAGUCCGGCAAUUUCUGGUGCCGAAAUCUUCAGAUCGUCCAUGUUGCAGGUUACCAGUCUCAUGUUUCCGUUUCUGUCUUGAUCAGAAUGACAGCAGGAUGCCUGAAUAGAUCAAAACAAUCUGGAACAUAUGCACCGGUCAUCCGAAGAUUGACUACAUGGAAGAUGGGGAUGACAGCUGGUCUGUGACGUGCUUGGCCAGAUUCGUGGGGAUGAACGGCAUAAGAUCAGCUGUGCAAUCCGGUCACAGCUCGACCUGGGCGACAGCUAAGGAAGCAGCAUUGAUGUGAUGAAGCUUUUGCAGCAUCAAACCACGACAUGGUCCGAGAAGCUCGAGUCGAU